AUGCUGCGUUUUUCUGUGCUGCUCUUCUUCAUCGGUGUUGCACUUGUGACCGCCAACGAUGAUGGUUGCAACGAGAUGGUCUGUGGAUCGGUGGUCUCAAAGUGUUUGCUUACGCAGAGCUGUCAGUGUAGACUGAACGAUUGCCACUGCUGCAAGGACUGCCACAAUUGUCUGGGCGAACUGUACACAGAGUGUUGUGGCUGCCUCGAUAUGUGUCCCAAGCACAAGGACGUGCAGAGUUCGAUGACGCCGCGAUCGGAGAUUGGUGAUGUCGAAGGCGUUCCCGAAUUAUUCGAUACCCUGACGGCCGAGGAUGAUGAACAAUGGUCCACCAUUCGUAUGCCAAUGCGAGCGGGCGUUAAGCAGCGCCUGGAGGGAGGAGGAACGGAUUUCUUCAAUCAACCCUCUGGCGGCAGCGCUAACUGUACCGUCAUCUAUGUGAACACCUGUGUGAGAUCGAACAAAUGCAAGGAGCAGUGCGAGAGUAUGGGAGCUAAUAGCUAUCGCUGGUUCCACGACGGUUGCUGCGAAUGUGUGGGCGCCCAGUGUCUCAAUUAUGGUAUCAACGAGAGUCGCUGCAGCGAGUGUCCGGAGGAUCAGGAUCAGGAUCUUUUGCUCACUGAUGAUGCUGCUCAUUGGGAGGCGGAACAGGACCUGGAGCGUCUGUUUGGCCUUGAGGACGAUGGGCCAAAUGAUAUGUGGGACUAUGGCGAGAACGAUGAUAUGAUGUAGAUUCUAGUAAAGUAACUUAGUAAACUGUAAAUAUUUAUGUAAGUUCAUUUUUU